AUGCUAAGACUUGAUUAGCAACAAUAAGUUACAUUCUAACCUACUCCAGAAUAAUUGUAUCAUCAAGAAUUCGAAUAACCACAUGAAACUGCUAUGUACAUGUCUUUAAGUACACUAUUUAUUUAUAUAAGAUUAUCAUAAAACUCAUUAAUAAAUAUACUCUUAAGCAUCUUAUUAACAUUCAAAAUUAUUCGAUUUAAGAAAAAAAUACCUUAAAAAUAGAGAAGAUACUUAAAGACGAUCAGUAUCUCAUCAUAGUAGGAUUCCUCCUAAUCGUUCGCCUUUAAAGACUCAACAGACAUAAAAAUAAUUUUCACCAAAACAAGAAAAUAGUUUAGUCUAAUAAAAAAAGAAGACUAUUCCUGUUUCUAAAAAUUUAAACAGCAAUUUAAGAAUUAUUCUUAAAACAAAUUAUGCUUAAUAACAUAUUUAUGAAGAAAAUCCUUAAAAUGAAAAUAUUAGAAAAGAGUAUUCUUAAAUUGUUGAAAUUCCUACAGAAUAUUAAUCAAUAAAUAGUUAUACCUUUAUAAAAACAUUAGGAAUUGGUGCAACUGCUGAAGUAAAAAUGGCUAGACAUAAAGAAUUAGAGAUUGACGUUGCAAUUAAAAUUUAUGAUAAAAAGAAAAUGAAUAAUAUGCAUUUAAAAAAUCUAGAAAGAGAAGUUGAAAUCUUAAAUUAACUCAAACAUCCUAACAUAAUUAACUUAUAUCAUAUGUAUGAAAACGAUAAAUCAAUAUAUUUAAUUAUGGAAUAUUCAUCUCCCACAAAUUUAGAAAUGUUUAUGAAAGGAAGGCCAUUCAAAAGAAUUAAUGAAGAGGAAGCCAAAAUAUUAUUUCGCUAAAUUUCAAAUGCCGUUUCUUACAUGCAUGAACAAGAUAUAUGUCAUAGAGAUCUUAAAUUUGAAAAUCUCUUAAUAGAUUAUAAUACUAGAAAAAUUAAACUAAUAGAUUUUGGAUAUUCUAUCAAAAUUAAUGGGAAACAAACUUGUUCAUGUGGUACUCCAUAAUAUAUGGCUCCUGAAUUAGUAAAAAAAGGAUCAUAUGAUUAAUCUGUUGAUAUAUGGGCAUGUGGAAUUAUCCUUUAUAAAAUGGUAACAGGUGUAUUCCCGUUUAGAGGAAAUUCAGAGAAAGAUUUAUCAAAGAAAAUUUGUUUAGGAAAAAUAGAAUAUCCAACAUUCGUUUCAGUUUAAGCUAAAUAAUUAAUAUCAUCUAUGUUAAAAGUAGAUACUAAAGAUAGAAUAACUAUGCAAGAAGUAUAAUAAAGUUAAUGGUUGUAAUGA